CUGCCCCCGCCCCUACUGAGCCCUCCCCUGGGGAGAGAGAGAGGGAGAGGGAGAGGGAGUUCCUGGUGUGGUGAGGGUGUGGUGGUGUGGUGGUUGGCUUGGCUUCUGUCGCUGGCUAGGACCGUGCCAUCUGAGAGCGUGGGCAGCGUAUCUGUGGCAGGGGCCGAGAAGCGUAAUGGCUAUCACAGCCAUGCUGCAGGAGGCACCUUCCUCCGCAACCUGGUCGCCACCCAGUGGGAGAAGACGAGUAGGAGCCAACACGAGAAGCUCCAGGAUAAACUGUCCCAGGAUGACCCCGUAGUCACGUCCCCCAGGGCAGAGGAGGAGACCUCAUCUGCAGACAGCAGCCCCAGUACACCCACUGAAGCCCCGUUCCAGGCCAGCGGUGCAGGAACAGAGCCCCAGCCAGAGCUCCACGCAGGGGGGCAGGUCUCAGGAGAGACUGGCCCCAUCCAGAGAACCCUGGAGCAGCCUGACCCAGCAGACACCCAGGCGACCCAUAAUGAACCAGGUGUCAGUGUCCAGCGGAAAACACUCUCCAAUGAGAGGAAGUUCAUGCUGAACAUGCUCGACGCCAAGAACUCCUCGGCCGGUCCCCUGAAGAGCCCGUCAGGCACCGACCCCGACCUCGACCCCGAGGAGAGCCUCUCCGGAGAGCCAGAGGACUGCAGAGGGCUGGGCAGGGCUGGUAGCAGUGUGAAGGAACGUCUAUCUAGCCUCAAGGCCCAGCAGGCCCAGCCUCUACCCAGCGAGGACAGCAGUUCCAGGAGGGCAGAGCUGCAGGGUCUGGGUGGCAGUGCCCAGGCAGCGCGGGCCAGGCUGGCAGAGGAGCAGCAGCACCGGCAAGUCCGGCCGCAGUACAGCAUCGACGCAGAGACCCACUCCCGAAACCUGGAGAAAACCCAGAUGACCCCACUGGCCAGGGACAGACAGACAGACGCCUGGGACCAGCUCCAACCCAGCUCCAAAGCCCUGAAGAUUAAAGACCUGGACUUCUCUGACCUCAUGGAGGAGGAGGAUAUAGAUGUUCUGGACGUGGACGUCUUCGACGUGGGUGUUGGUCGGCCUGGUGGUGGUGGCGGCGUCCCACCUCCUCCUCCACCUAUGCCUGGACUAGCCUCCGCUCCUCCUCCUCCUCCUCCUCCCCCCGGGGCGCCGUGUAUGAGUCUCCCUCCUCCACCUCCUCCCCCACCGGGUGGAGGUCUCUGCGCCCCUCCUCCUCCACCUCCUCCUGGAGCUCCCCCUCCCCCUUUCUCCUCCUCCUCCUCCUCUUCCUCCCAGGCUCCCGACCCGGCCUUUGCCAAGAAGAGAAAGACGGUCAAGUUGUUCUGGAAGGAACUCAAACAGUCAGACAGUCCCAGGAAGUGUAAAUUCGGACGCGGGACGGUGUGGGCGUCGCUGGAUAAGGUCGCCGUGGAUACGGCCAAGCUGGAACACCUGUUUGAGUCCAAGGCCAAGGAGCUACCCGUGGCUCUGAAGAAAGGAGCAGAAGUGAAGAAGGCAGAGAUACUGGUGUUAGAUUCCAAGAGGAGUAACACCAUCAACAUCGGCAUGACCGUACUACCAGCUGUCCACGUCAUCAAGACCGCCAUCCUCAACUUUGACGAGUUUGCCAUCAACAAGGAGGGCAUCGAGAAAAUCCUGACGAUGACUCCUAGUGAGGAGGAGAAGCAGAAGAUCCAGGAGGCUCAGCUGGCCAACCCUGAUGUCCCUCUGGGCUCAGCGGAACAGUUCCUCCUCACCCUGUCCUCCAUCAGCGGCCUCAGCGCUCGACUGCAGCUCUGGGCCUUCAAACUCAACUAUGAAACCCUGGAGAAGGAGAUUGCUGAGCCUCUUUUCGACCUGAAUGUUGUUCCUCUCCUCCCUCAUAGUCUUUCACCUCUUCUCUUCGUCUCUGUACAGGAGAUAGCUGAGCCUCUUUUCGACCUGAAUGUUGUUCCUCUCCUCCCUCAUAGUCUUUCAUCUCUUCUCUUCGUCUCUGUACAGGAGAUAGCUGAGCCUCUGUUCCUCCUGAAUGUUGUUCCUCUCCUCCCUCAUAGUCUUUCAUCUCUUCUCUUCGUCUCUGUACAGGAGAUAGCUGAGCCUCUGUUCGACCUGAAUGUUGUUCCUCUCCUCCCUCCUAGUCUUUCAUCUCUUCUCUUCGUCUCUGUACAGGAGAUAGCUGAGCCUCUGUUCCCCCUGAAUGUUGUUCCUCUCCUCCCUCAUAGUCUUUCAUCUCUUCUCUUCGUCUCUGUACAGGAGAUAGCUGAGCCUCUUUUCGACCUGAAUGUUGUUCCUCUCCUCCCUCAUAGUCUUUCAUCUCUUCUCUUCGUCUCUGUACAGGAGAUAGCUGAGCCUCUGUUCCCCCUGAAUGUUGUUCCUCUCCUCCCUCAUAGUCUUUCACCUCUUCUCUUCGUCUCUGUACAGGAGAUUGCUGAGCCUCUUUUCGACCUGAAACUAGGCAUGGAGCAGCUCGCCAAAAACAAAACCUUUAAGCGCAUCCUGGCAACGCUUUUGGCCAUUGGAAACUUCCUCAACAGUACCAGU